GUCUUCUCUCCCAAGUUUUGUUUGUAUUUGUUUAGUUUGGUGACAGAAAUUUAAAACUUGCAUCUCAACCAUACACAAACCUACAAAAAUCUUAAUAAUAUUAGCCACCAAUGCACACACUUAACAGUUUCCAUGGCCUUCAAUUUCAUUGCCACUUCUCUGCACCCAAAACCCUCCUCUAAUCUUCUUCCUCCUCCGCUAAAACACAAGCAUCUCUGCAAAUUCUACCACUUUUCUUCAUGUAAAACUUUUGCUCAGUCUCAAGGAAUUGAAGGUGGUCAGGCAGAAGAAGACCCCCCAGUUUCUUUAUCUGGGUCUUUAUCUUCUGCACGUGCGCAGCUAGGUCUCCUGGAACAACUCACUUCUACCAGCCCAAUGGUUGAAGGAUAUGAGAGCGAUGAUAGUUCUCGUAAACUUACAAUACGUGAUCAGCUGGCACAAUUAGUUGGGGAUAGAGAUGAUGAUUUUAGUAUUCCAUUGGGUAAAAACUUGAAAAAAUUUAGUGCCAAGGUCUUGACCAUCUCACAGAAGAGAAACAUCAGAAGACAAGCUUACCUGGACGAAGUUUCUCAGAGGAAUGAUUCAGUUUUCUUUGCCACUAUUGGAGCAUUUGUUAUUCUUCCGCCUUUCAUAAUAUUAGGGAUUGCUGUAAUAACUGGGUAUGUACAGCUAUUUCCAUAACAUAUGCUUGUUAAUUAUUAUAGAGAAGCAAUGUUUACUCA